CCGUUAUACGCCGGGGUCUGUUAGUGCCGUGUCCAACAGAGCUGUAUCACACAGGGAUGCAGGGAUGCUGAGAGGCCUGCCGGCGCGUGGAAUGCGCGCGUUGUCACAGCGACAGAGCAGCUUGGAUACAGAGCGUCACAGAGCGAGUGAAUGCGCAUGAGAGAGAGAGAGAGAGAGAGAGAGAGAGAGAGAGAGAUGGGCAAUCAAAAACCUCACAGCAUCUCUCCAAUCGCAAAGGCUCCCGGAAUCACGGGGAAACGACAGCGGAGCCGGUGAGCACCACGACCGCCCUCAGUAGCUGGAAUCAGACGCUCGAGAUGCCGAUAGAUUAAACACGAGACUUCACUGAUAAAGUCAGCACGUUACGUCGGCGUUUGUUCCCGGAAAACCGAAAUAAAUCACCUCAAAAACGGAAAGAGAGUGUCGAUUCGACUCAUAGAGGGGAAAAACAGGUCAUAGAAGUGAAUUUGUGCUUGUUGCUUCGUUUUCUAUCCAUAUGCGCUAUAAUGGGAGAAGCCGGCGGUCGUUUCCAAACAAGCUUUUCAACGGACAAAUCCAACUAGACUUCAUUUAAACGUUGUGUUGAUCGAGCUGCGCGCGUGAGCAAUUCUUCACUUUUGAAGUCGUUUCAUCUGAAUCCGUCUUAUGACUGGGUGUUGUCGGGAGAAACCGUGAAACAUUUUCUGCUGUUCUCGGACAACGGAGAACCUUUUGGUUUAGUCCGAGCUCAGGCUGAUGGAAUUGCGCUGAGCAACGCUUGAGAAAACGAGGAAAUACCCACAGAGCUCCAAUAUACAGACAUCUGAUUUCUGCCUGCGGCUCAUUCCCAGGAUCAGCAAUCAUCUGCGUGACCUCUUUAACUGACCCCAUGAGGACGGCUGAGGGAGAUGGAACGUAACAGACUUUUCUUCUUUACUCUCUACUGCAUUUCCACGAUAACCCACCAGGGCUGAGCACAACCACAGCCCCUCGUCCACCCCAACCCUUCCACAGUCGCUCCAUUCCUGUCCUCCCUCUUACUCCCUGAAAGACCAAAACAAACCAGCAGGACCACUUUUUCUUGUUCUGUUAUAAUAGUUUAACUUUCCUUUGCCCUUCACCCGUGACAAAGCAAAGCGGAAGUCAAUAAACCGGCGAAGCGAAGAAGGAAAAAACAAGACAGUCAUGUAUCUGCCCCAUGGCUGCAAACGUGAUUUGGGCCAUGCCCGCAACUCAGAGGCCACCCACGCAAUUACUCUCCUCUGGUUGGCUCUGUGGAUCACCUUGGCAUUGUGUCAGCGCAUUGAUCCCGGCUCCAAAUAUCCCACCGUCACCACAAACUAUGGCAAGUUGCGCGGGAUUAAAAAAGAGCUUAACAACGAGAUUCUGGGUCCCGUAGAACAGUACCUUGGCGUCCCCUAUGCCACAGCGCCAAUCGGAGACCGUCGUUUUCAGCCGCCGGAAGCUCCUGGGUCUUGGCAGGAAGUGCGGAACGCUACACAGUUCGCCCCUGUUUGCCCGCAGAACGUGCAUGGUGUUUUACCUGAGAUCAUGCUGCCUGUGUGGUUUACCGACAACUUGGACAUGGCCGCCACCUACAUUCAGAAUCAGAGCGAAGACUGUCUCUACCUCAACGUCUAUGUGCCCACAGAGGAUGACAUCCGUGACCGCAGGAAGAAACCAGUCAUGCUGUUCAUUCACGGAGGCUCUUACAUGGAAGGAACCGGAAACAUGUUUGACGCCAGUGUGCUUGCAGCAUAUGGGAACGUCAUUGUAGUCACCAUGAACUAUAGGCUGGGAGUUCUGGGUUUUCUUAGCACAGGAGAUCAGUCUGCUAAAGGGAACUAUGGCCUGUUGGAUCAAAUCCAGGCCUUGCGUUGGCUGAAUGAGAAUAUUGGACACUUCGGUGGUGAUCCUGAACGAAUCACUAUCUUUGGCUCUGGAGCUGGAGCGUCUUGUGUCAACCUACUCAUCCUGUCCCACCACUCUGAGGGCCUGUUUCAGAGAGCCAUUGCUCAGAGUGGUUCAGCCAUCUCCAGCUGGUCCAUUAGCUACCAGCCCUUGAAGUACACUAAGAUUCUGGCCCGUAAAGUGGGAUGCACAUAUGGGGAGACCGCAGACCUGGUGGAUUGUCUCCGCAGGAAAAAUUUCAGAGAGUUGGUGGAUCAGGACAUUCAGCCGGCCCGCUACCACAUUGCAUUUGGACCUGUGAUGGACGGAGACGUUGUGCCAGAUGACCCCGAGAUCCUGAUGCAGCAGGGGGAGUUCUUGAACUACGACCUUCUGAUUGGUGUAAAUCAAGGAGAGGGGCUGAAGUUUGUGGAUGAUGGGGGCACUGAGAGUGAAGAGGGCAUUUCAGCUGCAGCUUUUGACUACACCAUCUCCAACUUUGUGGAUAACCUCUAUGGAUAUCCUAAAGGUAAAGACAUCCUGAGGGAGACUAUUAAGUUCAUGUACACAGACUGGGCAGACCGAGACAAUGGGGAAAUGCGGCGCAAGACUCUCCUGGCAUUAUUCACUGAUCACCAGUGGGUAGCACCAGCCGUAGCUACUGCCAAGCUCCACGCGGAGUACCAGUCUCCCGUCUACUUCUACACCUUCUAUCACCACUGCCAAACAGAGACUCGACCCGAAUGGGCAGACGCUGCACACGGGGAUGAGAUACCAUAUGUGUUUGGUGUGCCCAUGAUUGGAGCAACAGACCUCUUCCCUUGCAACUUUUCCAAAAAUGAUGUCAUGCUUAGCGCUGUGGUGAUGACAUACUGGACCAACUUUGCCAAGACCGGGGAUCCCAACUUGCCUGUUCCUCAGGACACCAAGUUCAUCCACACCAAGCCCAACCGCUUUGAGGAAGUGAUCUGGACCAAGUUCAACUCCAAAGACAAGCAGUAUCUCCACAUUGGCCUGAAGCCUCGCAUCCGGGACAACUACCGAGCAAAUAAGGUUGCCUUCUGGCUGGAACUGGUUCCUCACCUCCACAACCUUCACGAGGAGGUUUUCAGCACCGCCACAACCCGGCUGCCUCCAGGAACCGCCCGCACCCCACACUGGAAGGGUCAGGGACCUCGUACCACACGCCAUCCCAUCCCAACCUUCCCUACAGAAUCGGACCCAGAUGGCUCAGAGCCCCCUCGAUUCCCUCCCUUCCCAAGCGACACCCGGGACUACUCUACAGAACUGAGUGUGACGGUAGCUGUCGGUGCAUCACUCCUCUUCCUCAACAUCCUUGCCUUCGCCGCACUUUACUACAAACGUGACAAACGGCACGAGAUGCGACGGCACCGACUGUCCCCGCAGCGAGGCGGACCCGCUAAUGACUUAGCACACAGCCAAGAGGAAGAGAUCAUGUCCCUGCAAAUGAAGCACUCGGAGCACGACGCCCACCACGACAUGGAGCCGUUGCGACCGCAUGAUAUUUUACGUCCCGCAUGCCCACCCGACUACACAUUGGCACUUCGGCGGGCACCCGACGAUGUUCCGCUCAUGACCCCCAAUACUAUCACCAUGAUUCCCAGCACCAUUACUGGCAUGCAACCUCUCCAUGCCUUCAACACUUAUCCUACAACCACCGGCCACAACAACACCUUACCCCACCCUCACUCCACCACCCGUGUAUAGUAGCACCCCCAAACGAGAGGACUAGCUCUCAUACAUAUCCAGUUUUCUCUCUCUGUCCACCUUUCCAAGCUCCUAAACUUAAGAUGCUCUCAGUUCAGCUGUCUAGAGCAGCUACUCCUGUUGGCGUUCUCAUAGACACAAUCAAGGUUUCGUAGAAGUUGCACACACUAGAGGAGCUCUGUUUGUAGACUCAACGAUGAGCAACAGAUUUGGUCGGCAGUGACAAGUCAUCAGCCUCGUACUGGAUUCAACUUGCUGUUUGUUUUUACACAUUGUUCUUAAAGAAAUUGGGCAUCAGUGAUUGACUAAGCUGAUCCGAUGUCAUGAGGGGAAAUUAUGACAUUUACCCACUUUUCUUCUCUCACUAAAUUGGCAGAGUGCAGAUUUCAUCCAUCCUUUUUGUCAUCCUCCUUUGCUAUUCCAUUACCAGCCCAUCGCUCUCUGUCCGAAUGUGAUCUGUGUCCUUGGAUUAUGUUUUAUAUGAAUCAUAGGGGCAUUCGAUAAAAGGUGGUAGCUGGAUAUGUUGUGUUAACCUGCAGUCUUGUGUCAAGUAUUAAAUCAUACCUUGUAACAAGAGACGCAGAGAAUGAGAGAAAAUGACAGCAUCUGACAGAAGACGAAAACAAAAGUGCCAACCUCCACUCUUUUUCUCUCACUGUCAUUUUAUCACACAUAUUUGACUUGGCUAUGUGUUGUUUCUUAGGAAGAUUUUUGUAUGUAUAAAUAUAAAGACAAAUAUAUAAAAGAAUGAUAUAAAUAUAUAUUUACAUGGAUUGCUCGGUGGGAUCUAUGCAUGAAAUAUUUUAAAGCACCAAGAUGGACAUUUGCAUUUUUUUUUUUUAAGUUUGCUUGCUUAAAAUGCCUGCAGAAACCUUCUCUGCAGUAGUAUUUUCGUCAGUAUUAGUCCAAAUAUAACCUCUUCCUCAGUCUGACCACUCUAUAGGACAGUAUCCUCUCUCUGUAUCCAGAAAGAGAGCUAUUGGCAAUAUUCUUUUAAAUGCUUUUUGACAUUCAUUUGCAGUUGUUGGUGCUAUUAUUUGACCAUCAACCAUGUAGGGCUCUGCCAGAGCCAUCUGUGAUGGUCCGGACAGUUGCAUAAAUACAGCAAAUAGCGAAUGCACAUGUAGCUUUGCAUCUCUUUUAUGGGCCUCUGACCGUUAUAUUUCUCAGAUACAAAUGAUUCUCUUACACCUCGGCCCAUCUUUCUCUCUCUGUGGCCUCUCUCGUUCUAUCUCUGUCCUUACUCUUUCAGUUCAAAAUCAUUUGGUUUUUGACAACCAAAUUUAAUAAGCAUCUUUUUUGUGUAUUUGUGCGUGUGCACACAUAAAGAGUGUGUUUUCUAGGCAAUAGCUAGGUGUCCUGUACAUUUGUGUUAAUGUGAAUGUGUGAGAUAAGAGAAUAUGAGACGGAGAGGCACAACGAGAGAGAGAAAUGCAGACUUCUGAGUUUGUUCAAUCCUCAUAACACAGAAAUCUCCUUCAUCUGUGGCCCUCUAUCAUUCAGGAAAACCUACCUGGCCAUUUUACAUACAAAAUAGUUAGGAAUAGUCUGGAAGCACUGCUAAUGUGUUUACCCACAUCUCUACAUAUCUCACAUCUGUCUGCACUGCACACUUGACCUUUUUGACAAGGUUAUGACAAGCACAGCAAAUAGUGGUGGUGGCCAACCAGAUCUAUAUAUAGACAAAUCUUACAGAUUGUUUCUUCAGAAUAUAUGUUCAGGUUAAAGAACGAAUGGCUCAGAAUCACUGGACAGUAACUGCGGGAUAAACAUGAUCACUUACGUUCUCUUCAUGCCUUGUUAGUCAUAUUUUUCUGCCACUGCUGUGUGUCACGGGAGGAUGACGGUUUGUCUCACUGUUGGCUCCGCUUGCCAGUGUAUUGAGUCUGAGAUGCCCAG